CACAACACAGUAUGCCUUUUGGUAUAAACUUCGUCUCCCAGAUCAAGCACUUUGCUUCGCCGGCGCCAGUUAGACUUCCAUCUAAGGAAGAGGGCCAGAGCUUCACGUUGGCCGAGAUUGUGGCCAAGUAUGCGCCGAGCCUCGAGCACGGAGCGUCCGCUCUCAUGAGCCCCUUCUUGUGCAAUGGUCACUUACAGACGAUGUAUGCCGGUAUUGGGAACUUUGAAGAGGUCAAUCAGAUCUACUACCGCCGUGAGUUGUUACAGUUCGAGGACGGUGGUGUGGCCUCUGUAGACCAUGUGGUGCACCUGCUGAAGGAGAAGUUCGACUUGAUUGACGACCUGCUGCACGUUCCAGCGUCGCAGAAGUUCGACUUGCCUCCACGAACCAAGUACUACUCUCCCCAGGAAGUGACUGAGUUGCGAUCCGAUGACCACAAGCCGUUAAUCAUUUGCCUCCACGGCUUGUCCGGCGGGUCCUACGAGAGCUACGUGCGGUGCUUCUUGGAAGCAAUCACCUCCGAGCCAUACGGGUUUGAGGCCUGUGUGUUGAACGCACGUGGAUGUGCCAAUACAUCUUUGACCACGUCCCAGUUGUUCUGCGGGGUCUGGACCAACGAUAUCCGCGACUUGAUUGCCAAGUUGCGCAAGGACUACCCGAACCGGCUGUUGUACGCCGUUGGGUUUUCGCUUGGGGGGUCGAUCUUGGCCAACUACUUAGGCCAGGAGUCUGACGACUGUCCCUUAACUGCCGCUGCUGUGAUCGCCACGCCCUGGGAUUUGAACGACUCUUCCAUCCAGAUCGAGUCUUCAUACAUUGGCCAUAACGUCUACUCGCGCGCGAUGACAGAAAACUUGUACCGGUUAGUGGAUAUGCAUUACGAUGCGCUCAGUGAGAGUGAGGUGAUGGAAAACUAUGCUGCCAAGCGCUACAUGGCCAAGACCUUGAGACAAUUUGACGACUUGUUCACCUCACGGCUCUUUGGCUUUAACAAUGCUGGCCAAUACUACCGCACAGGAUCUCCAAUCAACCGCAUCUACAAGAUCCGUACACCGACCUUGAUUUUGAACGCGUUGGACGAUCCCAUCGCGGCCAGCACCUCCUACCCGUACAAGGAGGCGACAUUGAAUCCGUACACCUUGUUCGCGACCAGUUCGCUUGGCGGGCACAUUGGUUGGUUUACCCCGAGCUUGAAGAGAUGGUACUCCGAGCCAUUGUCGCAGUUUUUCCACGGAGUGCACCAGGCGCUUGACCACAAUAAAGAGCUUGAGGUGGAUAAAGACAGUCUUCCUAUGGAGACCAAGUGGGUCAAGGAUAGGCUCGACUUCAAGCGGGACUGAUUUCCGGAAAUGUGAAUAGAUGGGGUAUAGAUGAAUAUAAUAUAAUAGAAGAUGGAUUCGAUACCUCAAUAUGUGGGAUAUGAGAAAAGGGAAACACAGAGGGUGUUUAGACAAAAUUUUUAUCUAGAGAUGGGUAUUUAGGUUUACUAAUUAGUAAUGUUUUGGCACUAAAUCAAAG